GGUCAAAGUAUAACUUUUACACUUACACAAGACCACAUUUAUGGCACUGUGUUCUAUGUGAAAUUAUUUUAAUAAGAAAGAGGGAAUGAGAAUGAAUUACAACAAUCCCUCAAGCUUAUCACGAGAUUUUCUGUGCAGAAUUUAUUCAGAGAAGGUUUGCCUUUGCCACCCUCUGAGGCUGAGAGUGUGAGUGUGAUUUUCCCAAAGUAACCCAAUAGGUUUCCAUGUUUAAAUGGGGAUUUGAAUGCUAGUCUCCCAGUGUCCUAGUCCAACACUCAAACCAUUGGAUUCUGCUGGCCCUCCCUUUAACUUUUACCCACAUUCAAAAGCCUGAAAUCUCAAGUUCUUUCCUUCACAAACUUGCAAACGUUGGUUGCGUCUUUAAAAAGGAACUCAAAUACAAAUCUUACCCAUUUGUAUGAGUUAGAUUCCAUGAAUAGAUCAUAAGUAGACAGCUAGAUCAGCUGUCGGAAUUUAAAAUCCAUCUAAAGAUGCAUCUCUUCCAGCAGGCCUACCCAGGCAGUUUUUAAUUAUGAAUAUUAAACUAAUGUCCUUUGUUUAAUGUCUGUUUUGUGUACUUUAAUGUGUAUUUUAUCGUCGUCGUCUCACUCGUUCCGUCGUUUUCAACUCUUCGUGACCUCAUGGACCAGUCCAUGCCAGAGCUCCCUGUCGGCCGUCACCGCCCCCAGUUCCUUCAAGGUCAAGCCAGUCACUUCAAGAAUACCGUCCAUCCAUCUCGCCCUUGGUCAGCCUCUCUUCCUUUUUCCUUCCAUUUUCCCCAGCAUCGUGAUCUUUUCCAAGAUUUCCUGUCUCCUCAUGAUGUGACCAAAAUACUUCAGCUUUGCUUCUAAUAUCCUUCCCUCCAGUGAGCAACUGGGCAUUAUUUCCUGGAGGAUGGACUGGUUGGAUCUUCUUGCGGUCCAAGGCACUCUCGGGAUUUUCCUCCAGCACCAGAGUUCAAAAGCGUCUAUCUUCCUUUGCUCAGCCUUCCUUAUGGUCCAGCUCUCACAUGCAUAGGUUACUAUGGGGAAUGCCAUGGCUUUGACUAUGCGGACCUUCGUGGCCAGUGUGAUGUCUCUGCUCUUCACUAUUUUGUCAAGGUUGGCCAUUGUUCUCCUCCCAAGAAGUAGACGUCUUCUGAUUUCCUGGCUGCAGUCUGCAUCUGCAGUGAUCUUCGCGCCUAGAAAUAUAAAGUGUGUCACUGCCUCCACGUUUUCUCCCUCUAUUUGCUAGUUGUCAAUUGGUCUGGUUGCCAUGAUCUUGGUUUUCUUGAUGCAUUUUAUAUUUUAUAUUUUAUAGAAAUACAGUUUUAAUGUGGCUCUUUUAUAGAUAUAUGUAUAUUUGUUAAAUUUUUGCAAUGUUUGUGUUUUUUAAUUGUGUUCUAACCCACCUCGAGCUGCACGUUGAGGUGGGUAAGAAAUAAAAUUGUUGUUGUUGUUGUUGUUAGCUAUUCCCAGCAUACAGAGAGAUCAACAUGCUGAACUAUCCUGCCUUGUAGCUGUUAAAAAUGUAAGGAUAAAAAAAAAGAUAACAACUGUAACUCAGCUUCUUAAACAUUUCAUGCUUGCAAUCCUUUUUUCUGUUCCAGAAUUGCUUUAGUCAUCCUAGGUAUACAAAAUAAGCAUAGAAAUUAAACAUUUAUUGAUAAUAAAUUAGCAUUUUCAAGGCUUGCUAAACAGGCUAAUUUUUCUUUUCAUAAAGCACAGCUGAAGCAUUUGCUGCAGAGUUCACUGUAACACAGCACAGAUUUGUUAUUAACAGACUUGUUGCUAAUAGAUUCAUGUAAAUUUCAGAGUCAUGUUCAGGAACCCUUUACUGUUACCAAAUUUCUCAUGACACAAACAUUAAACUAAGAUUACUUCAUUUGGGGUUGAGACCCACAAUUUAAGAAGCAGUGAUUUAAACCAAUGCCCUUGAAAGCACUCAAAGCCCUGGGUGAAUAUAUCUUGGUUUUUCUCUCUCUCCAGAUUCUUUCCUUCUUCAGAUAUAGAAUUUUAUUAUUGUAACUUCAUAUAGAAAAUGAUUGAAACAAAUUAAUAAAGUUUUCAGACCAUAAUUCGAGAUGGACUAGCAGCCUCAUAAAGGUAUUAAACCACAUGGGAAACAAGAUUCUAUGGCAACCUGCAUGCAGCCACCAUUAUAUAACAGUAAUCACUCACCACCACUUUUGGUGGACAUCAAUUCAGGAAGAGUCAGAAUUAUAAGUUCCACCUAGGCAGGCGACCCAGAAGGUUGUCACGGCUGAUGUUUGAGCCAGAUGUUCACUCAUGGCAAAGUUCUCACCUAGAUCUCUUCAGUGGUCUGUCCCACCUUUAUAUAUGGGGAGAUUCAGAUUUCCAGUCUGUUCUUUGGCCUAGCUCCAACUCAUAAUGUUACUCAUUCUUAAAAGCAGUAGCUUUUAUCGAUGGGACAAAACAGAGUAACUGAAAAUGGUCUGCCCCUUGAUCUCACUGCAUAGCUGUCAUGCUUGUAAAGUUAUACUCUCCAAGAUGAUGCUCACCAGAUGUGUUGUAAGAUUAGUUGCCAUUGUACCGUUGGCCACUGAUAUGGUGUCUGAACAGCCAAAGUGCUCUUGUGCUUUAAACAUUGAGCUAUGGCUCUGGAGGCCAGAAUAUGAAUUUCUGCUCAGUCAUUGGAACCCACUGGGUGACCUCAGUCUUACAAGAAGGUAAAACUCCUCUCUGAACAAAUCUUGCCAUCAAAACCUUGUGAUGGAUUUGCCUUAGGGUUCCCAUGAUUCAGAAAAUCAUAUAAAGGCACACAACAGUAAAUUAUGUUUGAACCCACUGAUCUUUUUCUUUGGAAGAAAGAAAAACAUCGAUAUCCAAGAAUAGUAACUGCAUUUAUGACUGCAGCCUAAAAUUUAUAUUUGACAUUUAAAUUCUGAUAUAUAACACCUGGCUGCUGCUUUGCAAUUAAUCUGAAGAAGCCAGUCUGUGUUCAAUGAUCACCACCUAGUGGCAUUUACAUUAAAAGACAUCGUAUAUAAUUUGCAUUUUGUGAUGGUGUUCUUACCACCACCCCACUUUCAUAAAGUAUCAUCCAAUUUUAAAUCCCAAAGCAAUAUGCAGAUCAUUAAAUAGCAUUUUAGUUGUUCAUUUAUUGAUUCCAGUGCUUGCUUUGACUGAGUGUUUAAUACCUCACUUAACCCUCAAUUUGAGACUUCCCAAUAGAUCCCAACCAUUUUAGAUUUGUUGUACACAAAUAGGGCUGACUAGAGAAAUCUGUUUGCCUGAGAUAGAAAAUACAUGGGACGGUCACCAGUAUCCAUGCAGUUUAGUCGUAGCUAUAUUUAUCAGAAAAUAAUCCUGAACACAAGGAGGAAUUUAUUUCAUUUAAGUUUACUUGCUGUAUGCUUCAAUAAUGCUAAUUAAAGUACUUUCCCCAGCAACUUUCAUUUCUUCUUCUUUAUUUUAAAUAUGCUGUCCAAAAUUUGUCUUCAUAUUUGGGAAGACCAAAAUUCAAAAAUUGUUGGCUAUGAGUUUAUUUUAAAUACAAAGUUGCUGAGGGAUUACCCUCUAACUCAGCACAAUUUGAAGGCAUAAGUCUUUCUGAAACAUGCCCUACUGAACCAAUACUAUGCCAUAAUGUAGCAUUGCUUCCCUAGGGCAUUUUGCCCCAUAUUUCAAAGAGAAUGCAAUUGGUCUCAUGAAGGAAGCCAACCUUUACUUGAACUGGAAGCAUUUGUGGUUUUUUUAAAUGCAUCAUAAUCUCAUUUACCGUAGGAGCCCCAGUGGCGAAGUGUGUUAAAGCACUGAACUGCUGAACUUGCAGACUGAAAGGUCGCAGGUUCAAAUCCUGGGAGCGGACUAAGCGCCCGCUGUUAGCUCCAGCUCCUGCCAACCUAGCAGUUUGAAAACAUGCCAAUGUGAGUAGAUCAAUAGGUACCGCUCCGGUGGGAAGGUAACGUCGCUCCAUGCAGUCAUGCCGACCACAUGACCUUGGAGGUGUCUACGGACAACGCCGGCUCUUCGGCUUAGAAAUAGAGAUGAGCACCAACCCCCAGAGUCAGACAUGACUGGAUUUAACGUCAGGGGAAACCUUUACAUUUACCUUCAAUCUCAUUUUAGAAUCUAAAAGUUCCCUGAUCCCUUGUAGUUAAUAUAUUCUGCCCAUUUCGUUUGGGAUGGGUGCUAUUCCCAUCUUGCCUACUUUCACAUUGCAAAUUUGUUGCAGAGCUGAGAUUUGAGUCAGGAAGUUCAUGAUUUUUAAGUGAGCUUGUUAGCCACUGUUCUACACCAACUCACACUGAGCUCAGUGGGAUUCAGCAUCUUAAAUGUAAUGGGAUUGGGUUGUAUUUUACAGCUACAAAUGUUUAAGCUGUAUUCGCCUCAGUAAAAACUCCUGGGUAUUCAGGUUUCCUAUUGUGUAGCAAGGUUAGUUCAAAGGUCACUCCAGAAAGACUUUGAAGGAUGAAGCAGCUUGCUUGAGCUUCUGAACAGGGAUGAUGGGUUGUUCCUGUACUUCAAAAACUGUCUUAUUCUUUUUUUUUCUCUUUUUUUUCUUGCAUACAAAUUGCAUUUCUAUAUAAGUGCAUUUGAAUCAAGGCAGACUUCAUAUUCUUACCUUCUAAAUUUCCAUUUGCCCAUUGUUGGCACAAGCAUAUUUAGCACCUUUUCAAUUCAGAUUUUUUUGUAUUUGAAAAACCAUGAAAUACCAUGCAAUAAAAGGGCCAUAAAGUUGCCUUGCUAGCAUCUUGGUUCAUUUGUCUAGCUUUUACCACCUAAUCAGUUUCCAGAAUCCCUACAUAAUUCUGACAAAAGAUCAGAAUCCUAGGUUGAUGUAUACAGUAUGAUCAAUGUAUCUGUGGGGGCAUAUGUUCCAAAACCUACUACAGAUACCUGAAACCACAGAUAAUUGCAAACUCAUAAUUGACUAUACUUGUGCCAGAAGUGUACCAUAGAACAGCAUUGGGUGGCUUAGAGUGGCCCACCAACACUUCCCAAGGAGAAUAGUUUUUGGAGUGUAGAUAACCAAAAUCAUGGAUAUCAAAUCCCUUGAUAAGGGAGUUGUCCUGUGCUGAUAUAUGCAGAUUCAACAGCUGGACUUAGCAGUCAUAGUGAGGUGAUUUAAUCAGCACUACAAAGAGGUUUCUUUCCCCCAUAAAAUGGAUAGUUUUCAUUAGCUUCUAAUUAAAGGGAAAGGCUGUUCCUGGAGAUACGGCUCUGCUGAGAGCCAAAAUAUGCAUUCCUCCCCAAUGGCAGGGCUUCUUCCUAGUGGUAGAAAUCCCCUGAGAGAAAAUAAAAUAUAUUUUACACAGAGAAGCACUGCAAGCAAUAGGGCUUUUGUAACAUGUAAGUCACUCAGAGUUUUCACCCUUAUAAUAAUCAGCAUUCUCAGUAUGUGUCCAUAUGUCUUGGAGUUUGGUAAAGUUGCUGUUUGAACUGAAACUGGGGAUUUUAUUCCCCAACAUUUCCAAGUUCUGUAUAUGAUUCAUUCUUUCUUAUCAAGUUCUUCACAUUUUAUGUGCUUUCGUGUUUUAAAGAAAACCUUUGUUAGUUUAUUUCUAUGUUGGCAUUGGUUGUCCUGAUUAUUAUCUUUGUUGGGAAGGUAGGCUGUAAAUAUGAUCAAUCAAUGCAUUAUGCACACACAGAGUUGUGCAGUCCUGGAAAUAAUGAUGCAUGAGUUGUAUGAAAUUUGUAUGAGAUUUUUGUUGUCUUCACAAUUCUGGUAUCUGUUGUAUUGGUAUAAAUACAUAGGUAACUCAGAGUUUGUAUCCAAGAGGAAGGUCUGCAUCCAAACAAGCAUCCAAUUUCCAACAAAGGCAGCUCCAUAAUAUGGCUUUAUUCCAGUUCCUGCUACCGUGUUUCCCCAAAAAUAAGACAUACCCAUAAAAUAAGCCAUAGCAGGAUUUCUAAGCAUUUGCGCAAUAUAAGCAGUACCGUAAAAAAAGAUAUAGUAAUAGGCGUGGCUAUUUAUAAUGAUAGGCGUGGCUCCCCUAUUAGGUCCCGGUAAUUCUGUGUGUGUUGCAAGCUGAGGCAUAGAGGAAGACAUAGAAAGUGAAAGUAAAAGUCUCCUCAGUGAAGUUAGGAGCAGGACACUCUUGCUUUAGGUCUUGUGUGUCCUCAGGGGGAAGAAGUAAAGCUGUGGCUGACGUUUUACUGAGCACUGCGGGUCUCUCUCCCCCAGCAUUUUGAGAGAAGGGGCAGUUGGAUUGAUUAAAAAAUGUAGAAAAACUUGACAAAUUCCUGUCGAAAUGUCUCUUAAAAUGUCACUAGAAGUCACUUUUGAAAACAAAUAGAACUUUGCUUGUUAUAUUCCAAAACAAUAAUACAUGUCAUUCAUAAUAAGUUGAGUAUCUUUUAUCUGAAAUACAUGUAUUUCAGAUAAAAAACACAAAAAAUGUAAAACACCAGAAAUGUUUAAGUUAAAAAAAAUCAGAAAUACUUGUCUUUGUAUAAAAGUUGGGGCCACGGUGCCGCAGUGGGUUAAACUGCUAUGCUGCAGAACGUGCUGACCAUAAGGUCAGCGGUUCAAAUCCGCAGGAUGACGUGAGCUCCCGUUGUUGGCCUCAGCUUCUGCCAACCUAGCAGUUCGAAAACAUGCAAAUGUGAGUAGACCACUUUAGUGGGAAGGCAAUGGUGCUCCAUGCAGUCAUGCUGGCCACAUGACCUAGGAAGCAUCCAUGGACAACACUGGCUCUUUGGCUUAAAAAUGGAAUUGAGCACCACCCCCCAGAGUCGAACUCGACUAGACUUAAUGUCAAGGGGAAACCUUUAACUUUACAUAAUGAGAGAUUUUGGCCAUAAGCCCUGAGUCUAAACAUAACAUCUACUGUAUAUACUGGAGUAUAAGCCUAGUUUUUCAGCCCCUUUUUAGGGCUGAAAAAGCUCCCCUCGACUUAUACUCGAGUGAGGAUCCUGGCUGGUUUAUGUUCGGGUCGGCUUAUACUCAAGUAUAUAGUUAAUCAGACUUAGACAGUCUUAUCUUAUUAAAGUCUUAUUAUUAUCAUAAAUUACAAUUUUAUGUAAACAUUCAAAAACAUUUAACCUAUUGAUGCCUCAAAUAAUGUAAUUUUAUUAGUAUCUAUAUUUAUUUUUAUUUUUGAAAUUUGCCAGUAGCUGCUACAUUUCCCACCCUCGUCUUAUACUCAAGUCAAUAGAUUUUCCCAGUUUUGUGAUAAAAUUAGGUGCCUCGGCUUAAAUUCAAGUCGGCUUAUAGUCGGGUAUAUAUAGUAGUUAUGUUUAUAUGCGUGUCAUGCUCACAACCUAAAGGCAAUUUUAUACAAUAUUUUAAAUAAUUUUGUACUUUAAACAAACUUGGUGUACACUGAACCAUCAGAAAGCAAAUGUGCCACCCAUGUGGACAAUUUUGAAUUUUAGAGUAUUUUGGAUUUCAGAAUUCUGGAUGAGUGAUGCUCAACCUGUACUUCCAUGCUCUGGUGUGAAUGUAUACUUAAAUACACAUCUCUAUCAUGCUUUGAUCAAACUGAAGCACAAACUGAGAAAAGCCCUAGAUUUAGAGACAGAACACAAUUCAUAAUGACGCGAAUCCAGUGGAGAAAAGUAAAUUCAGUUAAUUUAAAAGCUGAAGAGGUGCGUCUGGUAGUAUUCUGAUGUCCCAGAGUGAUGCUCAUUAUGUAAUAUUCCAAUUAUACUCUUAUUAAGUAACUUCUAAGCACCUGUUUUCAAAAGUUCUUCAGUAACACACUUCUCCCAUAAUAGAGUCAGGAUGGUUUAGUUAUGCAUUCAUUAUCUUACAGAAUAAUUUAUCGUAAGACACAGUUUUGUAACUUUAAAAUAUUGGCAGCUGAACAUUUUCUUCUAGCAGAUAGAAGAACUAGUUGCAGUACUUGGCUCAGAAAAUGGAUAUAACAUUCAGGGCAGUGCCUGACAAAUGAACAGCAGUCUGGCAGGAAGCCAGUGACUCUGUGUACCAUCUGCUAAAUUCUAUAUUUUUGUUAGAGGCUAUUAUAAUUCCAUCUGUCUCCAGUGAAAAUUGUCUCUGGAGGUAACUGCAAAGCCUACUCUUUCUGGUUUUGACAUUUAUUUCCUCUAUUAGCAUGUGUUUUCCUAUGUGGUUUCUGGGAAGAGCGUUCACACAAAGGUAGACUUAUAUGAUAAACUUGCAUUUGAAGAUAUUUGGAAUAUGCAUCAUGACAGUUAAACCCUGCCUAACUAAACGUGACAUCAUGUACUUUAUCAGCUGAGCUUUAUUUUGUCAGUUUAUCAUGACAAAAGGAUCAGAAAGGAAGACAGUUCCCUUUUUCAGGGACAGAAGUAAGAUACAGGCUAACACUUCAGAAAAAGGCUUAUAACGAUAUCUUGCCCUUGGCUCCGGCAUGCACAGAAUAAAUUGGAAAUAUGCUCCUAUUCCAAAUAUGGUAACCGUUCUUUCGCUCAAAACAGUAUUACACACAAACACACAAAAUGGUUGCAAUAUCUUGGCUUACCAUAUAUACUUGAGUAUAAGCCAACCCAAAUAGAAGCCGAGGCACCUCAUUUUACCACAAAAACUUGGAACACUUAUUGACUCGAGUAUAAGAUUAGGGUGGGAAAUCCAGCAGCUACUGGUAAAUUUCAAAAAUGAAAAUGAAAAUAGAUACCAGCCCACUAUCUAAGUCCACACUGCCAUAUAAUCCAGUUCAAUGUGGAUUUUAUACAGCUUUGUGGAAGAAGUCUGAAGUAGAAUGGGCUCUUGGUAUCUGAUAUGAUUUGGUUCCAGGACUCCCACUGAUAACAAAAUCUGUGAUUGAUCAGGUCCCAUAAUAUACAAUGAUGUAGUAAAAUAGGUUUCCUUCUAUAAAGGAAAAUCAAAUAUUUUGGGAGGAAUAUUUUGAAACUGGAUGGUGGAGUCCAUGGAUGCAGAAUCCAUGCAUAUAAAGACCCGCUGUAUAUUAUCAAUCAGAACAUCCAGAGGAACUUCUGGAAGAAACUUUGACAUGUUAGCCCCGAAAUGUUUUGUGAAACUAUUCAAGGGUUCUGUCUUCUUAUUUGGAAGUUCUACGGAAAGAAUGGGAAUUAUGCAGAUCUCCAGAAGUUGUGAGACUACAGUUUACUGCACCCAGUGUGACCCACCCAAUGGGUUUCCAUGGUGGAACAGGGAAUUGAAUCCUGGUCUAGGAGUUCCUAGUCCAACACUCAAAUGGCUAUACCAUUUCACAGAUUAAAACAGUAAGUGUGUUACUUUUGAAGGCGUGAAGCUGAGCAACAUGAGAUUGAGAUCAAAAGAGUGUCCAAAUGCAAAUAUUAUUUAUGAGGAAGAACACAAAAUAGAACAAUCAAUUUAUAAUCUAUCUGUGUGCUGAAUUUGAGGAAGGAGCUUAAAAAACUUGGCAUUUUGAGAUAUGUGUGUGCAUGUUCACCAUCAUUAUAAAUAUGAUACUAUAUAAAGAAAUCAAGAUCUUGCUCAAAUGUCAGCUCUUUCACAAGCAUUAUAAGAAACGUAUGCUCAUGUGAAUCCUGUCUGUGCAACAUACCUUAUAUGUCAGAUUAAUAUAUUUCAGAGCUUUCUCACAAAGAUGUUUUGGUUACCUUGAGAUAACCACAGCCUCUCACUCUAACUUUUGAUAGGAUAUAAAGGGUGGGGGUGAGGGAAAAUCAGCUCUUCAGGUCUAGGAGGUAGCAUAGAAUAAGUUAAAAUACAAAUGCAGGCAUCCCCUUCUUUUUGGUGACUGUUCAAAAUUAUACCCUGAACUAUAUUUUGACAUAUGGUUUGCUCUUUUGACCAUACACUGUUUUUUCUCUCUUUCAUUGUGCUGGGUUUUUUGUUUUCAGUUGAUUCAGUGCACUGUAUUUUUUCUUUUUAGAUCACUCAGUGCCCUCUUGUGUUCAAUCUUCUAUUUGCAAGCUUUAAAAAGGACUGCUCUGGUCUCUAACCAAGCAAAAUAGGUGAGGCAUGUGUUGUCGAAGGCUUUCAUGGCCAGAAUCACAGGGUUGUUGUAUGUCUUUCGGGCUGUGUGGCCAUGUUCCAGAAGCAUUCUCUCCUGACGUUUCGCCCACAUCUAUGGCAGGCAUCCUCAGAGGUUGUGAGGUAUGGAUAAACUAAGUCAGGAAAGGAAAGAAUAUAUAUCUGUGUAGAGUCCAAGGUGUGGCAAGAGUUCUUUGUCACUGGGAGCCAGCAUUAAUGUUUCAGUUAAUCACCCUAAUUGGCACUGGAAAUGUUUUGUCCCUUGCCUGGGGGCAUCCUUUGUUCAGUCAAGUCCUCAUUGUGUUGGUUCCCAUCUACUGUUUUGAUUUUGGAGUUUUGUAAUACUGGUAGCCACACCAAGAGACAAAAACAAAAAUUUGACAAAUGCCGUAAGCAACAGCCAAAGCCAGAACUGGAUAAAUCACGGACCAUCAUCAACCUGACAGACAGACAACUCACUGAAGACCAAGUAUCCAUUCUAGAAAAAGGAGGAAAUUUUGCAGUCACCACCACCAGGAUCCCAGUAGAAAACAUCAUUGCCAAUGUUGAAUCAGCAAUUUACCAGCUCCCUGAGGAAGAAGCAGAGGAGGUAAGAAUGGAAACAGCAAGGAUCCUGAGAAAUGCAAAACUCCCCCCCAGCAACAUAACGAGAAAAGAAAGACAGGCCAUCAAAGAUCUCAACUCAGAUCCUGAAAUCAUCAUUCUUCCAGCUGACAAGGGGAAUGCCACAGUAAUCAUGGAAACAAAACAAUACAAAGAAAAAAUCAGACAACUUCUAGAUCCCACAAUUUACAAGAAACUGAAACAAGACCCCACUAACAAAAUCACCAGAAAAACUAACACUCUAAUCAAGAACUCCUCCAUUAACUUUGACAUACGCCAACAGCUGUGCAAAUCAGAAGCCCUCCCACCCAGGCUUUACGGACUCCCCAAAAUCCACAAGGACUCCAUCCCACUCAGACCCAUUGUAAGUGCCAUUGGAUCGCCGACUUACAACCUGGCAAAAUUUCUGGCUACACAGCUACAAACCCACAUUGGGCUCACUGCACAUUAUAUCAAGGACUCUACACACUUUAUAGAAAAGAUCAGCAACCUCAAUCUAAGCACCAAGGACAUCCUGAUCAGCUUUGAUGUGGUGUCCCUUUUUACCAAAGUCCCAGUAGCUGACACCCUCACACUAAUCAAACAAAACUUCCCAGAAGACAUCACAGCCCUGUUUCACCAUUGCCUCACCACUAGCUACUUUCAGUGGGACACUGGAUUCUAUGAACAGAAGGAUGGAGUGGCCAUGGGGAGCCCUCUCAGCCCAGUAGUAGCAAAUUUCUAUAUGGAAUACUUUGAAAAACAGGCUCUAGAAACAGCACCAAAAAAGCCAACUGUUUGGUUCAGAUACGUAGAUGACACCUUCACAAUUUGGAGCCAUGGAGAGGAAGAACUCAGCAAGUUCCUGGACCAUCUUAACAGCAUCCACCCAAACAUCCAAUUCACCAUGGAAAAAGAAAAGGAAGGAAAACUGCCAUUUCUAGAUGUUCUGGUCAUCCGCAAACCCAAUCAACAAUUGGGCCACACAGUUUACAGAAAACCUACACAUACAGAUAGAUACCUUCAUAAAAACUCCAACCAUCACCCAAGUCAAAAAAGGAGCACAAUCAAAGCCCUGACAGACCGUGCACAAAGAAUCUGCGAACCUCACCUCCUCCAAGGUGAACUCAACCACCUAAACUGGGCUCUACAGGCCAAUGGAUACUCCACCACAGACAUCAGAAGAGCUGCAAGGCCAAGAACAAGCCAUGAGAGUCAAGACAAAGAUCCACCCAGAGGAAAGGUGUUCUUACCAUACAUCAAGGGAACUACUGACCGCAUAGGGAAGCUGAUGAAGAAGCACAACCUACAAACUAUCUACAGACCCACGAAGAAAAUCCAACAAAUGCUACGGUCAGCGAAGGACAAGAGGGAUCCUCUCUCUUCUGCAGGAGUCUACCGGAUACCAUGCAGCUGUGGACAAGUCUACAUAGGGACCACCAAACGCAGCGCCCAAACAAGAGUCAAAGAACAUGAAAGGCACUGCAGACUAAUUCAACCAGAGAAAUCAGCCAUAGCAGAGCAUUUGAUGAACCAGCCUGGACACAGAAUACUAUUUGAGAACACAAAAAUGCUGGACCAUUCUAACAACUAUCAUGUCAGACUACACAGAGAAGCCAUUGAAAUCCACAAGCAUGUGGACAACUUCAACAGAAAGGAAGAAACCAUGAAAAUGAACAAAAUCUGGCUACCAGUAUUACAAAACUCCAAAAUCAAAACAGUAGAUGGGAACCAACACAAUGAGGACUUGACUGAACAAAGGAUGCCCCCAGGCAAGGGACAAAACAUUUCCAGUGCCAAUUAGGGUGAUUAACUGAAACAUUAAUGCUGGCUCCCAGUGACAAAGAACUCUUGCCACACCUUGGACUCUACACAGAUAUAUAUUCUUUCCUUUCCUGACUUAGUUUAUCCAUACCUCACAACCUCUGAGGAUGCCUGCCAUAGAUGUGGGCGAAACGUCAGGAGAGAAUGCUUCUGGAACAUGGCCACACAGCCCGAAAGACAUACAACAACCCAGGUGAGGCAUGUCUAAUUGGGGAAAAAAGAUGAUUAUCAUAAAUAAUUUACUGCAUUCCAGUGACCUUUUAACCUGCAUUGUUAAUGUAAAUGAACAAUUGCUCUGUAGAGGCUGGCUCUAAUAUUUCCCAGUUCGAAAAAAAAUACAAAUGUAAGUAGACCAAUAAGUACCGCUUCUGUGGGAAGGUAAUGGCACUCCAUGCAGUCAUGCCAGCCACAUGAUCUAGGACAGUGAUGGCCAACCUAUGACACGCGUGUCAGCACUGACACGUCUAGCCAUUUUUGCUGACACACUGCCGCAUGCAGAUUGAUUGGAUGACUAUGUCUUUUGUGGCCAAAUUUGGUGUGAUUUCGUCAAGUGGUUUUGUUGUUUACGCCAUAGGAAUUAUGCACAUUACAUAUAUACAUAUAUAUAUAUAUAUAUAUAUAUAUAUAUAUAGGCCCCUGGUGGUGGCGCAGUGUGUUAAAGCGCUGAGCUGCUGAACUUCCAGACCGAAAGGUCCCAGGUUCAAAUCCCGGGAGCGGAAUGAGUGCCCGCUGUUAGCUCCAGCUUCUGCCAACCUAGCAGUUCGAAAACAUGCAAAUGUGAGUAGAUCAAUAGGUACUGCUCCGGCAGGAAGGUAACGGCGCUCCAUGCAGUCAUGCCAAUGACCACAUGACCUUGGAGGUGUCUAUGGACAACGGCGGCUCUUCGGCUUAGAAAUGGAGAUGAGCACCAACCCCAGAGUCGGUCACGACU